ACCAAUAAGUGUAAAUCUGCUUUAUGUUUAGGGGCACAGAUGGUGCUGGUGUCCCGCCCAGAGGAGGGCAGCCUGGCACGGCUACAGGAGGAGGUGGAGCUGCGCUUGGCAUGUACCAGCUGCUGCCGUAAGAAGUAUGUCGUUACGUACACCCUGGCGCCGUGCCCGCACCCCUGUGGUGCUCAGCUGCUCUUGGCCAGAUCCAGGGGUGCCCGCGCCAGGGAGGAGUGGUACGAGGUGAGGCGCCUGCCCGUGUUCCCGCUGCCAGCCCGCUAUGAGGUGUGUUGGCAUUACCGGCCCAGGAGCGGCUGUACCCGGCACCAGCAGAACUGCACCUUCUCAUGGAACGAGGAAGAGAAGUUGGUUUGGUCGUUUGAGAGGAAACACAAACUGGAGCGGAGCCAACUGCGGGCACUUCUGCAGCCCACCCAGCCCUCCGGCCCCUGUGCCCCCAGCAGCUGGCAGGGCAUCCUUAAUGAGUAUGGGGGGCAAUUCCAGGAAGUGUGUGAGCAAUGCUUUUACCAGAGCCCCCCCAUGGUCACGCUGACAUCACUGUGCCAGUCCCACCCCCGCCCUGUGCCCCUCCUUAUGCACAUUCUGAUAGACGAGAGCAAGAAGCAGUGCCACCCUAUCCACCCCAUGCCAGGCUGCCCACACAUCUGCCUCUGCAGCCAGGCCUCCCGGGGGCUCAUGUGCGGGGCGGUGGGGCGGCAGUGCCCCAAAGCGCACAGCGAGGUGGAGCUGGCAGUGUGGAGGGCAGAGCAGGAUGCGGGACUCACCAGGGGGCAGCUAGUAGGGCAAGGGGCAAUAAAUAUGGGUUUCUACUGCCGCCUGUGCCGAGUUAGUGCCCCUUCCCAGGAGAGCUUCGAGAUGCACUGUGCCAGCCUGGAACAUGGCAGAAUGAUGGCAUCAGAUUCACUCACCGUGUGGAACUACCGAGCUCCACCUCUGGGCAAAGUCAGCUUCACCCUCUGCAACAGCCCCCAGGACUGCAUGUUUGGGGACGGCUGCCAGGGGGCACACAGCCCGGAGGAGCUGCAGGAGUGGAUGGUGCGGGUUCGGGUGGGCCGGUGGAACAUGCAGGUGCUGCAGCAGGAGGGCCUCCAGUCCUAUCAGGAGAGACUGCUGCAAGAGUAUCAGCUCAGCGGCUGUGACUGCUCCGUGCUUUCUGAAGAAGUUGAAGGGGUUAAUGUUUCAUAUGACUCCCCCCGAAGUGCCCACGGCCAGCAGAAACCCACAAAGAAGCAAUGGCAACUUACACUGCGCACCAAGAUGGUUCUGAUCCACGUGGCUCUGUUGAAACAUGACCCUGGGGCCACCUUCUCACUGACUGCCCCGGGGCUGCCGGACCCCUGCUCUUAUGCCCGGGGGGGCAGUUUCCAGGGGAGGGGGCCCCAGCAGUACAAAGUGGGAGUCACGGUGGAGGCCUCUGUCUAUGGGGUGUUCGAGCAGUGGGUGGUGCUGGAUUUUGGGAUACGCCCAGUUUUGCUGCAGAAGCUCCGCCUACAGGUUGGGGGUGAGGCAGAAAUCCGACAGGAAGGUCCUUCGGGGCAAGAGAGAGAGGUUCUGCCCUCGUGUGAGCGUUGGCACCCCGGCAGGCAGCUGGUCAUACCCUGCAAAGAGAGGACUCAGGAGGAGAAGCACCUCUUGUUACUGUACCAGCAGCCGGUUCUGAGUCCGACCCAUAAGCCUCCCGGGGCCCCGAGACCGACCGUCACUGCCAAGAACUACAGGGAGCAGAUGCACGGGGCAAUAGGGCGAGAGGAGGCAGCGAGGGAACAAGUCAUUGGCAGGUUGAACCUGAAGGUUCUGGUGACGCUGAGCAAGAUGGCGCUGAGCCCUCAGGGCAUGAAGGUGGCCCCUCAGGGUGAGCUCCUGGCAGAGGUUCCUCUCCCCAGUGGGACCACCCCGGACUCAGAAGAAGGCUACUUACUGCACCGAUCCGUAAGCCACGCCCUCAUUGCCCCCGUCCCACCGCCGGCCAAUAAGGUCUAUGAGGUGUCUGUAGAUGCCCAUGCCGGCCUGGAGAAUAGCGUCCUCCUACAGGUACCGGAGAGGUGCUGCCAGGACCUGGGCCUGGAGGCUGGAAGCAGCACCGAGCUGGAGGUCCAGUUCCAGUUGGACCGGCUGCAGAACUGUAUGUACCACGAGGCGGUGGAUCGACUCCUGGAGGAGAAGUUGGUUCUCCCAGAACUGUCUAAAUGUCGUCUGCCCAACACCCAGGGGACCCCACCCUGGGGGAACCCCAAGCAGCAACUGGCCGCCUCCUACAUCUGCGGGUCAGCACCCGGCGCAGAACUGGUACCCCCUCUCCUUAUUUAUGGGCCCUUCGGAACCGGCAAAACCUUUACUAUGGCCAAAGCCGCACUGGAGGUCAUCAAACAGCCUGGCACCCGGGUCUUAAUCUGCACCCACAAUAACAGCGCCGCUGAUCUCUACGUGCGAGAGCAUUUCCACCAAUACGUGAGCAGUGGCCACCCGGAAGCCACGCCCCUGAGGGUGAAAUACAGGCUUAGCCCCCUGAACAGGACAGACCCGGUCACGCUGCAGUACUGCCCCCUGACACAAGAUGGCGCCUCCUUCCUGGUUCCGCCGAGGGAGCUCCUGGAACGCCACCGGAUCACCGUCACCACGGCUGUUACCUCCCGGGAUCUGGAUGUGCCCCGGGGGUUCUUCAGCCACAUUCUCCUGGAUGAAUCUGCCCAGAUGCCCGAGCCCGAAGCCCUGAUACCCCUGGCACUGGCCGACCACUGCACCCGGGUGGUGAUUGCUGGGGACCACAUGCAGGAAAGCCCCAGGCUGUUCUACAGGGGGGGUAAAGAGGGCAGAGAGGAGCACACCCUACUUACCCGCCUCUUCUCACAUUACCAAGGGGGCAAAUCUUCAGUGGCCAAAGGGGCACGUAUCGUCUUCCACCAAAACUACCGCUCCGCCCCCGCCAUCAUCUCCUUCGUGUCCCGCUGCUUCUACGUUGGCCGGGGGGACGGGAUUGAAGCCUGCGCCGGAGAGAACGUGGCACCGCCCCCCGGCCAACAUGCCCUGGGGCUCUGCCACGCACGGGGGCACUGUACCCGUGAGGGCAACUCCUGGCUCAACCACUCAGAGGUGCUGCAAAUAAUAGAAGUGAUCGGUGAUGUGUUGAACCAAUGGCCGAAGCACUGGGGGCCUAUCAGGAACAGGAGCAUCUGUGUCAUAUCCCAAGGCAGCCAGGUCCGGCUGAUACGCCAGGAACUACGCAAAGUAAAGUUGUCAGAUGUCACUGUGACAGACUAUCAGAACAUUAUAGGGGGUGAGUUCCGGGUGAUUAUCCUGAGCACGGUGCAGACAGUCGACAGCCUCCCUUCCCUCUCUUCGUGCCCCCGCUCCUUUGGCCUCGACUUCUUCUGCGACCCCCGCAUUCUCAACACGAUUCUGACCCGAGCCCGCUCUCAGGUGGUUGUGGUGGGAGACAUGGUGGCCCUGUGCUCCUUUGGGGAAUGCAGCCGAAUAUGGAGGCGCUACUUGGGGGAAUGUGUGGAAGGGGGCAGUGCCAAACCCCCAGGUCUCACCGUGGAGGAGAUCAAGCAAGUGGUGCGCGAGCUGCAGGCCUGGAGGGAAGCCCCCCCAGAGGAGGAAGAGGACGGGGACCCCUGGGUAUCAGAGAUGGACAUGAGCUGUGAGGACUCCAUUUUGGAGGAGCUGCUGGAGUGCAAGACGGAGGCCUGUGUGACGCUGUCGGAGGAGGGGAUGCUGGAGGUCCGCUCAGAGCCGCCCCCCCAGGGCAGGAGGGACCCCUACACCGCCUUCCCCGAGCCCCAGCUGGCACAGUACCUCCUCAUGCAGCCCAACGUGUACAAGAGGUGCCUCCUGCACAAGGACCACUUCGACCGGGGCUACGCCCUCACCCUGACCGACUGCCCCCCGGGCCGUAUUCACAUCAACGGCAGGGUCAACUGCGGCCUGGCAUUCAGCGGAGACCAAGUCGUGGUCCAAAUUCUGCCCGACACCGACCCAAAGGCAGGGAAAGUGGUGGGGGUGCUGAAGGCGUCGGAGGAGGAGCGCCGCUUCCUCUGCUUCAUGGACCCCCACGACUGCAGCAUCAUGAUCCCUGUCGAAAGAUCCAUUACCAAGAUCUUCUGUCCGGUUCUGAAAGGGAACCCAGUGCGGGUGCCGAUCCGCCAGUACCGCGACCGACAGAUGCGCACGCUGAAAUGCGAGCCGCUGACCCCGGGUAUGCGCCGGAGCCAACUCUUUGUGGUGCAAGUCAUCGCCUGGCGCAAGGGGUUCUACUACCCCCUGGGCAUUGUCACCCGCAUCCUGCGCCCCAUCCAGCGAUUGGACGACGGCCUCGAGGUGCUGGAUUUGGAGUUCGGAGUCACCGGCACCGGGCAGUACCCCCUAGGGGCAUCCGAGGAAGCCUCCAGACUGUGCAGGGAAGCCCAGGUGGAGGUGGGCCGCAGAGACUGCCGGAACAUUCUGACCUUCACAGUGGAUCCCAGAGAUGCCAAAGACCUGGAUGAUGCCAUCUCCGUGCAGGAACGGGACGGGCACUAUGAGAUUGGGGUUCACAUCACCGACCUGGCGAGCGUCAUUCCCCCUGGGGGCGACUUGGACAGAGAAGCCAUGAGAAGAGGGGUGACAUUUUACUCCCCAAAACGGGAAGCUGCCCAUAUGCUGCCCGUGCCAAUGUGCACCGCCCGCUGCAGCCUGAAGCCCCUCUGUGAGCGCCGGGCACUCUCCCUCUUUGUUCUGGUGGAGAAGGAAACGGACUGGAUGGUGAGCGGGCACUUGUGCCAGUCUGUCAUUUCCUCCGACCGCCAACUGUCGUACGAGGAGGCAAACGCCAUCCUGGCCGACCAGGGAAGCCACUCGGCAUUCGGCAGCGUAGAGGGCUGCCUGGCGGCGUGUUGGCAUUUCUCACAGGUUCACCGUGCCCACCGCCUGCAGGAAGCUGCCACUUACAAACAGCCGGACGAAAAGUGCCCCCCCGGGGCCCGAAAGGCCCAGAUGAUGAUCGAGGAGAUGAUGAUUCUGUACAACAGCUGGGUGGCAGAUUUCCUCACCGGCAAAGACUCGGCCAUGGAUCUGGUGCCAGUGCGAUGCCAGGCGCCCCCCACCCUGCGCAAGAUCCAAGAGCUGAGGGACAAGUUCAGCCACUUACUGCCCCUCUCCUCAUACCUCUCCCACCACCUGCUGGAAGCCCCCGAGAGCCCAGGCCCCGCCCCCGAGAGCCCAGGCCUCGCCCCCGAGCAGCGCAUCACCGUAUUUACCCCGGUGUGGCAGCAGAUAGAAGAGUGCGCGGCGAGAGGCGAUUACGACGGUGCCCGCGACCUCCUGUUAACGGAUGAUCUGCACCCAGAAUUGUGCCACGCUGUGCGCGAGUUCCGCAGGAACCUGGGGCGGGCAAGCACCAUCCGCUCGGGCACUGCCGAUGCCACGGGCCAUUACUCCCUCCAGCUGUGGGCAUACACAUGGGCAUCCUCGCCACUUCGCAGGUAUUUGGAUAUUGUUGUGCAGAGGCUCCUGCAGGGAAUCCUCGUUGGCUUGGUGCCCCCCGUUGCCCCCAAGGACAUGGACUUCCUGUGCCACCACUUUGAGAGGAAGGUGCAUCAGGCCGCAUCCUAUGAAAGGAAGGGCUUGGCCAUGGAGCUGGCGCUGGCACUCAGGGGAAGAGGGCAGCAGAAGCUGGCAGUGGUGGUCUCUGUAGAUGCCGCCGGCAGUAGCUUCCAGCUGGUUUUCCCCAUGAAUGGAGACUCUCUGGCCGCCCCAAUGAAGGUGGAAUACCGCUACCUGCAGCUGGCACAGCAGCCCGAGGGCAUCCCCGGCGGGGUCCGCUUGUCCUGGAGGCGCAGGGUCUAUUGUUACCACACUUACCGGGAAAAGCCCCUCGGGCACAAGCGGCGCAGCGACAUCACCACAUUCAGUGCCAGGGCCUGGUACGAUGCCCUCUAUGCCCUCAGCCUCAGCGACCCCGGGCAGGCACUGUGCACCCUGCAUAAGGGGGUGGAGGUGGCAGAGGAUGGUGCCGAGGUGCAGCAGAGCAGCUGCGGGCAUCACACCAACCUGACCCUGGAACUGAAACCCGGGGACACCCUACCCGUCCAGCUGUGCAGCGCCCAGGAGCGGGGCAUCCCCAUGCCAAGGCCUCAGCUCUUCUCUCCCACCCCGGGCAUCCACAUCUGCCUGGAACAUUCCGAGAGCCCGGUGGAUUGUUUCUCCGGCCUGGCACACCGUGCCCCCCUGCGUUGCUAUGGGAAUGCUCAGGAAUACCAGGCAGUGUGGGGGCCUCUCUGUGCCAUGGAAGCUGCCAUGUCGGCUGUCGGAGAAGGGAAUGCAGUUGUGCUGAGGAACGUGCCAAUCCGGUGGCACAAUAAGGACACAGGCGGGGGGCCGGCAAGGAAAGGGUCCUUCAAACUAACCCCGCCCCUCAUUGCAGACUGUGAGUUGGACAUGGACUUCCAGAACUGCUACCUGUGCCUGCGCAUGGAGGGGCUACAAGGGGCCCAGGCAGAGUCGCCCCUGGACUCGCACCUCUACACCUGGGUGGCACAUUGCCUGACGGACCCCUCCAACCAUGUGACCGAGGAGCACGGCGGCGCCGUCACUUUCCACCUCCACCAACGGCCCAAUCAGGAGAUCCCAGAGGCCGUUCUGCACAGCGACAACAGCUUCACCGUAGAACUGAUCCCCAAGCUCCUCCCAGACAUACGUAAAGAGGCUGCAUUGGACCAGAUGAAAGAGGCAUCAGAACUGGCUAAGAACAUUGUCCUGGGGAAACGGGUCACUGAGACUGACAUCACUACGUUCCGGAAUGAGAGGAAUUUCGACAUUCCGGGGUUGGGUCGGGGGUUGAACCCCAGCCAGAGGGAGGCCGUGCAGUCUGCACUCAGGGGCCCUUUCACUCUCAUCCAGGGGCCCCCGGGGACAGGAAAGACUGUUGUCGGGGUUCAUAUCAUUUAUUGGUUCCACCAGAUGAACCAGGGGGCGGUUCCGCCAUGUGCGCAGGAAGGGGAGGGGCCGGACAGGAAGCUGCUCAUGUAUUGUGGCCCCUCCAACAAGUCGGUGGAUGUUCUUGCAGAGAUGCUCCUCCCACUCCGGACCAGACUCCGCCCUCUGCGUGUAUACAGCGAGCAAAUAGAAUUGGAUGAAUUUCCGUAUCCAGGAAGUGGCCUUCGCAUGUCCGGAUACCUGAGAGAGGGAAAACCCAACCCGGAGCUCAGGUCCAUCACUUUGCACCACCUGAUCCGGCAGCCGACCAAUCAAUACGCCAAUAGGAUUCUACUGAUGGACAGACGGAUCCAGAAUGGAGAUAGGAUCACCCCUGAGGAAGUGGCUGAGUACAAGAAACUGCUGUAUGAUGCCCGCAGUGUGGAACUGGCACGCCAUGACAUCAUCCUCUGCACUUGCAUCACCUCAUCUGGCGCCUCCCUCACCCGCCUGCCCGUGUCACAGCUUGUCAUCGACGAGAGCGCGAUGUGUACCGAACCCGAAACCCUUGUUCCGCUAGUGAGUCACAAACGGGUUCAGUCGGUUGUGCUGCUGGGAGACCACCGACAGCUCCGCCCCGUGGUUCUGAAUGACUUGGGCCGCACUCUCAGAAUGGACCGCUCGCUCUUUGAGAGAUACCAGGAGAGGGCGCUGCUCCUAGAUACUCAAUACCGUAUGCAUAGUGACAUCUGUGAGUUUCCCUCGGAGCAGUUUUAUGAUGGCCGCCUCCAUACUUAUGAGCAGCUCCGCCUCCAGCCCAGUCUGUUCUGCCACCCACGGAAAACCUGCUGCCCAAUCAUCUUUGGGGAAGUGGACGGGGAGGAGCAGAGCCUGCAAGUGACCAGCGAGGAGGGAUACUUCAAUUCCAAAGCCAACCUGCAGGAGGCAGAGCAAGCAGUUCGCCUGGUGAAGCUGUUGGUGGGAGCGUCGGUAACACAAAGUGACAUCGCGGUGCUGACUCCAUAUAACGCUCAGGCGUCGGAGGUGAAGAAGAGACUGCAGAGCGCUCGGCUGGGGAAUGUGACCGCCUGCACCGUCAUGAAAAGCCAAGGCAGCGAGUGGCGCUACGUCAUCUUCUCCACAGUUCGCUCCGCCCACAUCCGCGACAUCGACACCCACCCCACAUUCAGCUGGCAGCGCCGCCAUCUUGGCUUCCUCACCGACCCCAAUCAGGUCAAUGUGGGGCUCACCCGGGCCAAGGAGGGGCUGUGUGUGCUGGGCAAUUCCCACCUCCUGCAGUGCACCCCCCUCUGGGGCAGAUUGCUGCAGCAUUACAGGCAGAAAGGAGCCAUUGCCCAUUCCUCUCUAAUCUACGUGAAUAAUCCGCCCCCCCGGCGCCGCUGAGACCCAAUCAGAACAUUCCCCUAACCCCUCCCUCAGUGUGGGGACACAUUCCUGCUCAUUGGCUCACCAAGUCUAGAUUGUCAGCUCUUCAGGUUACAGCCUUAUAAUGAAUUGGAUUCCUGCACAGUCGUCUGUUAAUUGUGUCUAAUUGGCUUUAAAGGAACAAGCCCCUCCUUCUCUCUUAUCCCAUUUUAACCCCCCCCCCAUUGAUUGGGGGUGACUCCUCACAGGAUGAGGGCAGAUUUGUACUGAGCGAGGGCAAUAAAUAUAUUUAUAUUAUAAGUCUA